ACCCCUCACCUUGCUCCAUUCUCAUCAAUAAAAACACUAACAGACACAUACAGCAAGCUCACUCACUCACACACUACCCACAUUCAUUCCUUCAAGGGAGAGAGAAAGUAUCUACACACAUUAUUGUAGAGAGAGACAGAGAAAAAAAAAAUGGGGGUCUUAUUCAUCUCUCUCCUCAUCAUACUAGCCGUUGCUUCGACCGUGAAUUCUUGCCCACCGUCGGAUCGGUCAGCUCUGAUGGACUUCAAAGCCUCUCUCACCGAACCCUACUUGGGUCUACUCAACUCGUGGACCGGGUCCGACUGUUGCAAAAACUGGUACGGCAUCAGCUGCGACCCUACGACCGGCCGGGUCGCCGACAUCUCCCUCCGCGGCGAGUCCGAAGACCCCAUCUUUGAAAAAGCCGGCCGGACCGGGUUCAUGACCGGUUCAAUCUCCCCUUCCAUCUGCGCUCUCGACCGCCUCACCACCCUCAUCGUCGCCGACUGGAAAGGCAUCACUGGCGAGAUUCCGAAGUGCAUCACUUCUCUCUCCAAUCUCCGGAUCCUCGACGUCAUUGGAAACAAAAUCUCCGGCCGACUUCCGGCCGAUAUCGGUCGACUGAGUCGACUCACUGUUCUCAACGUCGCCGACAAUGUCAUCUCCGGUCCAAUCCCCACCUCCAUCGUCAAUCUCCAGAGCCUUAUGCACCUCGACCUCAGCAACAACAAACUCUCCGGCGAAAUCCCGGCCGAUCUCGGAAAACUCACCAUGAUGAGCCGAGCCUUACUGAGUCGGAACCAACUCACGGGGUCAAUCCCCACCUCAAUCGCCAACAUUUACCGACUCGCCGACUUAGAUCUCUCGGUGAACCAGAUUUCCGGUCCAAUCCCGGCCCAACUCGGUUCAAUGAGGGUUCUCUCAACUCUAAAGCUAGAUAGCAACCAAAUUUCGGGCCAAAUACCGGGUAGCUUGUUGGGCAAUGGCGGUUUAAGCAUUAUAAACUUAAGCCGAAACUCUCUCGAGGGUUACAUUCCGGAUGUUUUCGGACCGAAAUCUUAUUUCACUUCUCUCGAUUUAUCGUACAAUAAUUUGAAGGGUUCGAUCCCGAAAUCGGUAUCGUCGGCGAAAUAUAUGGGGCACAUGGAUGUGAGCCAUAACCAUCUGUGUGGGCCGAUUCCGGCGAGCUCGGCUUUCGAUCACCUCGAAGCGUCGUCGUUUACGGCCAAUGAUUGCCUUUGUGGGAUGCCUUUGCUACGAACUUGUUAGUGUUUUUCGGACGAUACGAUUUGGUUUUCCGAAAUAUCGGACUGUUGUUCUGUUACUUAACGGUAAACGUUAAGUGUGUUUAAAUCUAGUUUUAUUUAUUAAUAUGAUGAUUGGUAAUUGUUAAGCAAUAUUCAAGUGUUUUUUAGUUGAGAUGGGAAAAGUUAAAAGAAAGUUGGAUGGACCUGAAAAUCUUAAAAAAUCUUGAGAGUGAGAAUCAAAGAGAAAUCAUAAUGUGCUUUUUCACUAUAUAUGUAUGUAAUUAUGAAAAAAAAUAAAAUAAUUUUGGUUGUUAGCA